UCGCGACAGCUUAUCAAGUAUCGACGAUUUCAUUCGGAAAUAAUAGUAAAUAUUGUUUUUUCUCUACAGAAGAACGUAUACAUGGAAGUAGACACAGAAGAAGAGGUUGGUGGCCAGGCAGUGCCCAUGCAAUUGGUUGCUGGACAAUUGUAUGGAAACAGCAUACAGGUGUCAAAUGGCUCGGGCAUGUCCAUUUCCCUUGACCCAACACAACACAACUACAGCACUGUUCCUCUGGUAUUUCUACCGAAAAACACCAUAAUCAUUAGCCAAAACCAAAGCACAGAUGAGACACAGAAUACAAUUGACUCAGAUACUGACGUGAAUGAUAAAGUCAUGGCAAGUCCUAUGUAUUUAUAUGCAGACAUAAAAAAUGAAGAGUCAGCAGAUGAAGAUCUGAUUCCUGAUAGACUUAAUCAAAGUAUUUCUCACCAUGACUACACAGGAACUGUCCCUGUAAUUCAGCGGCCUGAGGUACCUUGUGUUAACAACCAGAACAGUUCUAAUGUAAUGUAUGGCGUAAAAAGUGAGUUCUCUAAUGCAACAUUCUCUAACUCUGAUGUUGAUAAUGACAGUUGUUUGGUGAUACAGGAAGCUGUGGAGCAGGAGGUGUCUACUACAUCUACCAGUCUGGAAGAUGAAGAGAUAGUCAGAAGUAAGCCCCUUACUGCAAUGUACUUGCAAAGAAAAGAACUCCCUGUCACAGACUCUUUAUACACCCCAAAGAGUAACAGGGAAAGAAAGUUAAGUACACCCAAUAAGUCUCCUGGUAGUUCACGAUUUACACUAAAACCAUCUAGAACAGUUGGCUUGGAUUAUGAUGAUUUAAGAAUAUGUCCUGUGGAAGAUAUGUACAAAAUGCGGAAUAGUUAUAAUGAUCCUGUAAGUGUGUAUCACCCGAACACUGGGGAAAUUCAUUUUAAGGUGAAUGAUAAUGAUUUUGAUCUUGAUAAAAAGUCUCCAACUUCUAAACGAUCUGUGGAAGCAAUCUUAGCAGCGUCUGAGACUAUAAAAAACCAAGACAUUGCAUCAGAAGUGGAAAUUGGAACUUGUGAAGUUGAAGUCAGUCAGUCUGGGAAAAGAAUACGAAAGUCAAAAAAUAAGUUUGAAGGCAUUGAAGAGGAUAUUGAACAGAUCAGAAAAGCAUCAAAAGAUGUUGGUCCCUCUCAUAAAGGUAAAGGACUUGGAAGAAGAAAAGAUGGUAAAAAGAGAAAAAAGCCAAGAAUAAGGUUAACCUUGACAAAGGCCAAGCAUAGAACACUGGCAAGUAGGGUCUAUCUUGAUGAAAGUGAAGAAAAUGAUUAUGAAGCUUCCCCUCCAAAAGCAAAACGGGGACGAAAACCAAAGGACUACUUUUUACAUGAACCAAAUAUUAUAUAUCAAUGUGAAUAUUGUGAAAAACAGUUUAAAACUAGAGACAAGGUCCGAGCACAUACUAAGAUACACACAGAAGAACGAGCGUUUGGAUGCGAUAUUUGUGGGCAGCGCUACAGACGGCGGGAACAUCUGGUUCGUCACUAUAGGGGCCAUACAAAUGACCGCCCGUAUGAGUGUUUAGAGUGUGGAAAAACGUACAUGAGGGCAGAACAUUUGAAGCGCCAUAGUUACGACCACACUGGUGAAAAACCCUUUGAAUGUCCUAUAUGUCAAAAGGCUUUUAAUCGCCAUGAUCGUUUACUUAAACAUUCCUUAGUACAUGAUAAAUAAUAUAUAUAUUAUUAUAUCUACAAAAUUUAUAGCUGCUUGUCAUGAAUCAUGUCUGGUUGUUAACCAGGUUUUCACAUAGUGAAUUUCAUUAAGGGUUGACAUAUCCUGACCAAACUUGGUCUAUAGGAAGAGUUUAUGGAUACCUUUCAUGGGAUUGCGUUUGGGGUCCCUAGAGUCAAGGUCACUGUUACUAAAAAGUAGAAAAACGGUUGAAACUGAAUAACUUUAGUUCAGGUUGACAUAUCUUGACCCAACUUGGUAUAAAGGAAGAGUUUAUGGAUACCUUUCAUGGGAUUGCAUUUGGGGUCCCUAGGGUCAAGGUUAAGGUCACUGUUGCGAAAAAUAGAAGAAUGGAUGAAACUGAAUAACUUUAGUCAGGGUUCACAUAUCUUGACCUAACUUGGUAUAAAGGAAGAGUUUAUAGAAUCCUUUCAUGGGAUUGUGUUUGGGGUCCCUAGAGUCAAGGUCAAGGUCACUGUUACUAAAAAUAGAAAAACUAUUGAAACUAACUACAUUGUACUUGAGUUAAGGUUGACAUAUCUUGACCCAACUUGGAAUGAAGGAAGAGUUUAUGGAUACCUUUCAUGGAAUUGCGUUUGGGGUCCCUUGGGUCAAUGUCACUGUUAUUAAAAAAAGAUAACCGUUUGGUACUGAACAACUUUAGAGUUGACAUAUUGUGACCAAAUUGGUAUGUAGGAAGAGUUUAUGGAGACCUUUCAUAGGAUUGCUUUGAGGCCCCAAGGGUCAAGGUCACUGUUACUAAAAUAGAUAACAGUUUGUUACUGAACAACUUUAGUUAGGGUUGACAUAUUGUGACCAACUUGGUAUGUAGGAAGAGUUUAUGGAGGACUACCAUUGAAUUGCUUUUGGAGCCCCGUACAAGGUAAAGGUCAAGGUCACUGUUACUAAAGUUAGAAGAAAAACAGUUAAAACUGAAUCAAGCAACGAAGGCUGAAGUUCCUCUGUCAGUCAUUGAAAACCUGGUUUAUUCGCAUUGCAGCGUUUCUCGUGUUUUUUAGAGACCAUGAAGCAACACAUGUAUCAUGUACACGACACAUGUAUCAUGUACACGACACAUGUAUCAUGUACACGACACAUGUAUCAUGUACACGACACAUGUAUCAUGUAUACGACACAUGUAUUAUGUAUACGACACAUGUAUCAUGUAUACGACACAUGUAUCAUGUACUCGACACAUGUAUCAUGUACACGACACAUGUAUCAUGUACACGACACAUGUAUCAUGUACUCGACACAUGUAUCAUGUAUACGACACAUGUAUACGACACAUGUAUCAUGUAUACGACACAUGCAUCAUGUACACGACACAUGUAUCAUGUACUCGACACAUGCAUCAUGUACACGACACAUGUAUCAUGUACUCGACACAUGCAUCAUGUACACGACACAUGCAUCAUGUACACGACACAUGUAUCAUGUACUCGACACAUGCAUCAUGUACACGACACAUGUAUCAUGUACUCGACACAUGCAUCAUGUACACGACACAUGCAUCAUGUACACGACACAUGUAUUAUGUACACGACACAUGUAUCAUAUAUACGACACAUGUAUCAUGUAUACAUUUGUUGUAAGUUUGAAAAAAAACAACUAUUGUAUCAGACUUUACACAACCCUACAAAAAAUGUUAAUGCCACAGGGUUGUCAUUUUAAAACUUUUAUCACAAACUUUAAACACACAUAUUCAGCGGUCAAAAUAAGAGCAAGCCAACAAGUCCUACAGCGGAAAAUGCUUAUUUAGCUCACUCAUUUUUUCGAUUUGAUCAAAAUGCUUGUUCAAGCACAAGUGAUCGUAAAAAGUGAGGUAGGGAUGCUUGAGUAAACUAUGUUUUGAUAACGUUUAUGUUUCUAAGAAUAUAUAUAUUUUUUUUUUAAAUAUUGAUGUGAUCCUUGGCACAAUUUGAGUGCUAAGUAUAAUAUCGAAUGACUUUUGUGAGUAGGUAGUAUUUCACUUCUAUUUAACUUGCUACAAGUAAGACCUACAAAAACAGACCAAUGCAACUUCAUGGGUUUCUUAUAUAAUGAAAAAAUAAUCUCCCCUAUUUUACAGCAGCCGAUUGCAACCAAUGUCCAAUUUCUCCAGUGAAUAAUCUUAUUUGCUAAGUUUGAAAUGCUUAUUGCAUGCUUAACUUCUAGAUAUAACUAUACUGGACCGAAUACCUUUUUUUAAUGAUUUCUUGCAUAUUUUCCACACACUAGUACAUUACGACAGACCCCAGUAAUAGUACAGGUUUGUUUCUUAUAAAAAGGAUAUAUAUGUUGUUCCUGUUUUUGUUUUCAAAAGCUGCAGUUGUAAAAGUAGUCUGGUUUUUUAAUGAAAUAAAUUCAUCUCAGAUGUC